AUGUCGACAUCGCGAUCGCAACACAAGUGUACGACUCCUACUGCUCGCAAGCGUCGAGACCGCCGUCUGGCAAAGGCGUGCAACCCCGACAGGUAUAAUCCACUUCCCGACCGCGACCGUGACCGCGACCGUGACUGCGACCGUGACCGCAACUACACUCCAGCCGAUGGUGUUCCGGAAAGCAACGGCAAUGCCGCGAAUAACGAUGGUCUCGACACCGGAGAUAUUGUGGGUGUCGUCGUGGGUAUUUUGGGCUUCAUCGCCACGGCGACAGGAGUGUGGUUUGGGUACAAGGCGAUCAAGGUGAAGAGGGCAGCCCAUGCUACGCCCGCGGCGACAACGGCUCCCCAGUCCGUUCACUCUCCUGCUUUUAGAGCUUCUGCUGGCACUUGA